AUGCUGGCAAAAUUACAAUUUCGUAGCAGCUACCUGUUGCGUCAUAGUCUCCAGCAAGGAACCUGGAGGCGCAGCUGGGCGACCACAGCCAAAGAUAGCAAUGCUACUGGUGGCGACACAUUAACCAUAGGCGACAUAAGCGUGCCGCUGAGCCAACCAAAGCAGCCACAAUUGGUGCCACAGCAGUAUGUUAGCUAUGCGGAAGAUGGCAGCAUGCAGUUAACGCAAACAGCGCUGCAUCAUUUGCGCUGGAUGCUGCAGAAGGAUGCGCUAAAGCAGGACAUGUUUCUGCUAGGACAGCCAGGACCGCUGCGACGUCAGCUGGCCAUGCAGUUUCUGGAGCUAACACAGCGCGAGCUGGAGUAUGUGGCGCUUAGCAGAGAUACCACCGAGAGUGAUCUGAAGCAGCGACGCGAAAUACAAAACAAGGCAGCCAUUUAUCAUGAUCAGGGUGCAGUGCGUGCGGCGCUGCAUGGCCGUGUGCUGGUGCUGGACGGCGUGGAGCAUGCCGAGCGUAAUGUGCUGCCCGUGCUCAACAAUCUGCUGGAGAACCGUGAAAUGCAUUUAGAGAAUGGCAAAUUUCUAAUGGCGCCCAAGCGUUAUGACAAACUACUGGAGACACACUCAGCGCAACAGCUGGAGGAUUGGGGCAUAUUACGCGUCUCGGAGCACUUUCGCGUGGUGGCCUUGGGUUUGCCCGUGCAAAAGUACAAGGGCACACCACUGGAUCCGCCGCUGCGUUCACGUUUUCAAUCGCGUCAUGUGCUGCCGUACAGCUUUAGCGAACUCUACGAUGAACUGCACCAGCUGGCGCCCGCUGUGCCUGGCGAGCAACUGAAGCAGUUGCUUACCUUUGCGCUAACGCUGCAAAAGGCCGACGAGGCGCUACAGCUGCCCGACUUUCCCAUGCACAAUCUGCGUUUGGCUGUGCAAAUGCUGCAAGCUAAUGCUGCGCUGAGUCUGCACGAUGUUAUAGUCAUGCUAUAUCCGUAUGCUGCCAUGCUGAAGUCAGAUCAACAGAAGCGCGUGCAGGAGCUGCUGACAAGUUUGAAAAUUAAACGUGUGCGUGGUCAGCAGGUGCAACGCAUUGCCAGCACGCUGAAGGCUGAAAACAGCAUAGAGCUGCAGCUGGAUGAGCUGCGUCUUAGCUUAGCCAAACAAAGCUCUGACAGUGUGGCAACAACAGCGCCGCUCAGCUUUGUUGACUUGCCGCAUCAGCGUCAAACGCUCGCCGCGCUGCUGCAGGCAUUUGCUUUGGGCGAUGUCUGCCUGCUGGGCGAGAAGGGCGUGGGCAAGCUGACGCUUACCAAGCAGCUGCUGCAGCUGCUACAGCAGCAUGCGGAGCCCAUAAUGCUAUACGAGGAUAUGACCUCACGCGACUUGGUGCAGCAACGCAUUACGAAUCUAGCGGGCGACACCAUUUGGCGCGAUUCGCCGCUGGUGCGCGCUGCCAAAACCGGCGCCGUUGCAGUGCUGAGCGGACUGCAGCGUUUGCACAAGAGCACGGCCACAGUGCUACAAAGAAUCAUACAGGAUCGCGAGCUGCAGCUAUGCGAUGGCACUCAGCUGUUGGGCAGCGAACGUUACGAGGCGCUGCUGCGUCAGGGGCUGAGCGCUGCGCAGCUGACAGCGCGUGGCGUGCUGCCAAUUCAUCCUGGCUUUCGCAUAGUGGCGCUGGCGGAGCCACCAGCAGUGGGCGUAGGCGGCGCGCAGCCCAGCUGGCUGACAUCGGAGUUUCUUAGCUUGUUUCUGUAUCAGGAGCUGCGACCGCUGCAGCAGAGCGAGGAGCAGCAGCUACUGACGCAACUCUGCGGCAACGGCAAACUGCACAAGCAAAUGGAUAAGCUAAUGGCGCUGGCGCAGCUGCUGCGUGGCGCACAGGAUCCAUUGCUGAAGGGUUUGGCGGGCACGCUGUCUACGCGUCAGUUGCUGAAGUUGGCGCGUCGCCUGGACGCGUAUCCCAACAGCGAUGUGCAUGAGCUGCUGACCAACAUGUUUCUGAUGAAGUUUAUGCCGGCGCUGUCGCGUGCAGCGCUGCUGCAAGCGUUCCACGAGGUGGGCAUAGCAGCAGGCAGCGCUGCUGCUGCUGCUGAAGUGCGUCGCGAGAUUAGCAUAGAGCAGCAAACGCUGCGCAUAGGCGAGACGACGCUGCAGCUGCCGUGCGAGUCGCAGGUGCAGCAGUCGAAGGUGCCCAGCACGCUGUUCUAUGAGAUGCCGCAGCAUGUGGCGCUGCUGGAGCGACUGCUGCAGGAUUAUCUAAUAGGCGAGCAUCUGCUGCUGGUGGGCAAUCAAGGUGUGGGCAAGAACAAGCUCAUCGAUCGGCUGCUGGAGCUUAUGCGACGCCCACGCGAAUAUCUGCAGCUGCAUCGGGACACCACAGUGCAGAGCCUGACGCUGCAGUCGACGCUGCGCGAUGGCCAGGUCAUAUACGAGGACAGUGCGCUGGUCAAGGCUGUCAAGACGGGCCAUGUGCUGGUGGUGGACGAGGCGGACAAGGCGCCAGUCAAUGUCACCUGCAUUCUGCGCACGCUGGUCGAGAGCGGCGAAAUGUUGCUGGCCGAUGGACGCCGCAUUGUGCCAGCGGGCGCUAGUGCUGCCGCCGAUGCGAAUACGAUUGUUACUCAUCCAGAGUUUCGUUUGGUCGUGCUGGCCAAUCGUCCUGGUUUUCCGUUCCUGGGCAACGAUUUCUUUGCCGCACUCAGCGACGUUUUCAGCUGUCAUGCCAUUGAUAAUCCCACGCCGGACUCGGAGAUCUAUUUGCUGCAGCAGUAUGGACCCAAUGUGCCCAAGGCCACGCUGCGCAUGCUGGUGAAUGCCUUUGGUGAGCUGCGCACUCUCGCAGAUGAGGGACUGCUCAAUUAUCCGUACAGCACGCGCGAAGUGGUGAGCAUAGUGAAGCAUUUGGAGCGCUAUCCGCAGGAGCACAUGGCGGAGCUGGUGGGCAAUGUGCUGGACUUUGAUCGCUAUCAGCCGGAGGCACUGCAGCAGGUUACGCAGGUGCUGGCCAAGCAUGGACUGCCCAUUGAGGCCUAUGCGCGCGACGAGCUGCAAAUGCUGCGCCAGCAAAAGCAGCUGCAGGCUCUGGUGAAACGUGACAGCGGCUUGGGUGUCUCCGGGCCCAAGUUCGGCAAGCUGGAUCCCAAGAAUGAGCCGCAUGUGGGCGGCAACACUUGGGCAGGCGGCAGCGGCGGACGCGACACUGCCGGGCUGGGCGGCAAGGGUGGGCCCUUUCGCCUGGACAAGGGACACCAGGUGCAUCAGUUGAGCGAUGAGGAGAAGGCCGAUGUGCCGGAGGAAAUCAAGCGUGCCGCGCGUGAAAUGAAUCGCAAGGCAUUCGAGCAAAAGCUGGAGGAGAUUAAGAUGUCCGCCCAUGAUCAUCAGCUGUAUGCGCAGUUCAGCGAACCGAAUCGCAAGCAGGUGCAGCAGCUCAAGGCCAUACUGGAGGCCAUGCAGACAAAGAGCAAGGAGCGCCAGUGGCAAAAGUAUCAAACGCAUGGCGAGCUGGACGAUACGCGUUUGAUUGAAGGCAUUGCCGGUGAUAAGAAUAUUUACAGACGACGCGCCGAGGCUAAUCCGUGGGCGGAUCAUAUGCAGGAGAAGCCAAAUCGUCUCAAGCUGGUGGUGGAUGUCUCUGGCUCCAUGUACAGAUUCAAUGGCUACGAUGGUCGCUUGGAUCGCCAGCUGGAGGCUGUUGUCAUGGUCAUGGAGGCUUUCGAGGGCUACGAAAAGAAAAUAGCAUACGACAUAAUCGGACACAGCGGCGAGGGCUGGGAGCUGCCCUUUGUAAAUGUCGGCAGCGCACCCAAGAACGACAAGGAACGCUUCGAGGCCAUUCGCAUGAUGCACGCCCAUUCGCAGUUCUGCUGGUCCGGCGAUAGCACCGUAAAGGCGGCGCGUGAGGCCUGCUCGACGCUCGCCGCUGAGCAGGAUUAUGAUAAUGCCAUUGUGGUGGUGCUGAGCGAUGCGAAUCUGUCGCGCUAUGGCAUUGCGCCCAAGGAUCUGGCGCAGGCGCUUAAGCGUGGCGAGCCCAAGGCCAAGGGCUAUGUCAUCUUCAUAGGCAGUCUGGCUGAGGAAGCGGAAGAAAUCAACAAGGUGAUGCCUGCUGGUCAGAGCUUUGUCUGCAUGGAUCUCAGCAAGCUGCCGCAGAUACUGAAGCAAAUCUUUACCUCAUCGCUGCUGUAG